CCGUCAAUUGGUCAAUGUGUACAGGCACUGGGUCCCAGUCCUACACCUGGUAAUGCAACAGGGCCAUCAUCAUCAGGUGGUGUUCCGGAGGGGAAUACUACAACAUCUACAUCAACAUGGUGUGUGCCCAAAUCAGACGCUAGCGAUGAGGCUCUCCAAGCGAACAUAGACUACGUGUGUAGCACAGGAGUGGACUGUAAGCCAAUACAAGAUGGUGGGCCCUGCUUUAAUCCAAACACUGUGAGAUCACACGCUUCCUACGCUAUGAAUGCUUACUAUCAAACCUCUGGUCACCAUCAAUUCGACUGUGAUUUCAACAACACCGGUGUUAUCUCCUACACUGACCCCAGUUAUGAAGCUUGUACGUACAGUUUCCAAGCGAAAAAGUUGGAGAGCUCGUUUGCUGGAGGCUCGUUGAAACGUUGUUCAUUGGUAAAAAUAUUUGUUGUAUUAGUUUGCUAUAUGAUACUACACUCUUUUACUUUCUAAUUUACUGGUUUUUCAUUAUUGUAAUGUGCGUUAAGUUUGUUUGGUGCGUGGGGUAGGUUAGGUUAGCCUUUUUGGGUUACAACGGUUGGGCACCUGGGAGAAUUAAAUUAUUGCACCGAUUAUGUUGUUUAGAAUUUAUUUAAUAUUUAGUCUCAAGAGAUCCUAUGUAUAGUAAAUAUUUUUAAUAAAAAUCUUGCACUGAAUGUUCUACUCU